CCGUUCUCAGUCGAGUUGGGAACGUCGUCGCUAGUGAACGUGCUGCAGUUUUGCGGCCCGCGUGCGUUACAUAUCCACAAGCGAAGAGCGGUGUGAGGUUCUUCUUUUUCAUGCUGAAGGGUGGUUCCAGCAUAAUAACAUACCACCCUACUUAGGCCAUACACACACGUACCACCAGUCAGUCAGUGUGUUCCGAUUGUCACGAUUCCUUCGGAACUUCGGCAGCUGUAGGGAAGAAGACGAAGUAGUACAAGGAUAGUGCUUGCCACAUCAGUGACAGCCUGAGCCCUUCGAGAAAUGUUGGGCCAAGCAAGAAGAGCAUAGGUGUUAUCCCUAGGAUUAGAAGCAAUCAGGCCACAGGCCAAGGUUCUGUAGUAGGCUCGAGAGAAGUGACAUCGUGUUGGGCUUUGGUUGGGUACGUGCACUUGUGCGGUGAAGGCAGCAGCAUACAUGGCACAAGAAACGAGUUGCCACAGUCGUGAAUAAAGUGUGAUUAAAGAUUCAGAUGUUUGGAAGAGAGUGAAAUAAUUUCCAGUUUUUGUCGUGGAGAAGGGGGCAAAGGAGUGUGCAAAGUAGGCGCAGGAAGAAAGGGAGUGAUGUGUGGAGAAGAAUAGUGAAGUUUAUCCAGCCUACUAUGAAUACCUGGCUGUAGGAGGUGAAGAAGGUGUGGGUCUACGAGCCGUAUCGUGCUUCGUCGUCGCGUGUGCCAGAAGAAGAAGCGAUAGCAGAAGCAUAAAUAUGCUGAAAGUUAGCAGAAUGGUACUACUUAUCGAUAGGAUGGUGGGCCUGUGCCAGGUGGCUAACUUGGUGGAAAAUUGAGUGUGAGAAGAACGGGUUGGUAGCUGUACCAGGCGCCGUAGUCUGAGUGGGUGGGAUUCCACCGUGGAGACGCGACCAAACUUCUAAUGUUCAAGAUAUCGCACGAAAAGCUCGGGCAAAUGGGUUGGGCUUUUGCAAUCUAUCUUGACCUGCAGGGAUGGGACUGAAAGGUCGGUUCGUCGUCGGGAAAUUCUUCCCCAUUAGUGAUACCGUGUAAACUGCCCCAUUCCGGGGGAUAUUGAUUGCCUGCCGUGGAAGAAAUUGUCGGGCAAAAAUUCCGCAGCGAAUCUGGCCUCCAAUGUGCAGCCUGUAUGUUACAGCAAAACGAGAAAGCGAAUCGAGAGCGAGAGUCAACUGAGAAACGAAGACAGCGCCAGCAAAAAAAUCGAUAAAAACAAUUCGCUUCUCAUCAAAAAUACAUUUUCACACAAGGAGAGCAAAAGAAUCACCUUCCUUUGGAAAGGGCCGAAGGGGUGUGUGUAUCCUCCAUUCGCUGUUGGUCUUCGAGAAACGCCAUUCGCUUUCUGACUUUUUUCCAUCCUGGCCUCUGGACGAUUUCGGUGGGCACACUGACAGCAUCGAGCAACGCAAGGAGCAGCCAGCAGAAGGAGCGAGAGCAUAACUCCAAGCGCGAGAAGUUACACCAAAUUGGGAGCAAAACAUGGAUUUCCGGAUUACGUUGCUGCUAAUUAUCGGCACGGCGUACGCAGUAGAAGUCCAUUUCGAGACGCCAGACAGUGGCUUCUUCCUCAAGCAUUCCCCGCGCCAGAGCUCGGUGGUGGCGAGCACGAACAAAGGCCGGCUAAGCUCCGAUUCGGUGCUAUCGAUAGAUAGGUUUACGGUAGUUCAAACCAGUCAACCGGUGUCGAUUCGAGCCAGCUAUGGCCCGUUUUCCACCAAACAAACCGUCCCAGCGAGGUACAUCGUUCCGGAUGUACUGGAGUCCUCGUCGGACUCCACGCAAAACACCACAGCAGCGUUGAUGGACCUGCAGCAAUCGAAUCUACAUCUGGACAUCUCGGCACACCUCGUCAAGAACAGCAUACCACGCGAUUCGCCCGUUCUCAGGGUACUAUUUCACGCCGGAGCUGACCCCGGUGGACACCUCCAGCGACAGAAAAUCUGCGUCCUGCUGCAUGCAUCGAUAGGUAACAAGACUCCCCUGAAAGGACGCUGCAUGCCCGAAGGGGAGGACGGAGUCUGCGUGGCGGAAGUCGUGAUCCCCUCGGACUGGUGGCCAUCGCUGCCAGCCCCAGAGAAAGACGGCCGACCGGCAGCCAUUCAGAAGACACCGCAACGGAUGGUCCAGGUGUCGUACAGCGUGUUUGAACCGCCGACCAGAAGUCCCGAACUGUGCGAACCCAAAGUUCAGAUCCAACCGUUGACUCCGUUCGCCAAAGUACCGCUGGUACAGUCGCUGAUGCCCUACAAGGAGCUUCGGGCCGAUGAGACGUUGACGAUGAUGGUUCCGCAGCAACCGUUGUAUCCGUUGUCGAAGAUUCACGUUCCGGUGUUCUUACAUCCGGAACCGGGCCAGAAUGUGGCGGUAUUUAUUGUGAGAGCUCGCGUCAAGGCCGGCAUGCGAAUCCUGGGCGCCAGCGCAUCCUCCGACGACUGGAACGUUUCGGUGGAGAAGGAAAACACCAAGCACACCGUGGCCCGGGUGACGGCCUUCCGCAAGGAUCAGGACCCGGACAGUCCGGUCAGCUCGUUCGACGAUACGAACUCGAACAAGGUGAUGGAAGUGUUCUCGUGGUUGCUGGAGGUGGCGAACGAUACCAAAGAUCAUCACGACGGGGGACGAAUCGUGUGGUCGGUCAGCUAUGUGCACGACGGCCCCAAGGUGAAGGAAAUGUCCGCCGAAGCGUCCGGAACGCCGCACGAAGAAGGCCGGAAGAAGAUCGUGGCCAAGCUGGAGAUUCAGAAGGACGACAUCCAGGCGGUGUUGCCGAUUGCGAAGAACUGGGAGCUGAUGAACACGGCCGUCCUUACCGGACGUCAAGUAUCGCAAGCCAUGAAGGUCUUUAUCGUUUCCCAAGCGGGAAAGGUGGCGGACGUUACUCUCCAGAGUUCUUGCCAGGCUGAAGACGAAAGUGUCAUUAAGGUUUCCUCCUCGUGUAGUUCCGUCUACGUAGACGGUUCGGAAGCCCGUGGUUCCUCGAAUGCCUCGGUGUUGGUCAAGUACGGAACCUACUCCGGGUUAGCGAAGUUCACCGUAUGGAUGCCAGAGUUUCCGCUGGAGGUCUCCGUCGCCGAUUUCCGCCUGUCGCAGAUCAAGGGCUGGAAGAUUCCCGAGGAUCAUAAUGUGAGUGCCAACGGAAAAAUGCGUCGCCGAAAGCGGGCCUACGGUUGGGGUCAUCACAAUGAAGACUUCGUGAAUGGAGUUUCGUCGGAGCGGAGUGUUUGCCGGGCUCGGUAUCAGCAAAGUCCCGUUGAAGUGUAUGCCCGGUUCCUGGCCGUAGAUCAAGACUCCGGUCGGGUUAGUUACCUGAUUUCUCGGCGUACGGGUUUGAGAGUGACGGACCUGGUGCAACCGCUGCUACGAGUGGCGGAUCCAAAGAUUGCCACCUUGAGGGGUAGGACGCUUCAGGGAAGAGCCAUGGGACGGACGGACGUUCAGGUUCUUUCACCAAUCACCGGAAGGGUUAUUGGAGCCAGAGAAGUUCGUGUCGGAAGCGACAAGGUUAGCAUAACUCGACUGCUGGUGCGAGUUGUGUCCGGCCUGCAGCUAUCGAUCAGCAGCGACAACGCCAUCGAAAAUGGGUACAUUGCUGAAACUUCGGUCACGCGAAAGUUGACUGCCCAGUACCAGGAGGGACUACUGGACAUCGAUUUGGAGUUUUCCGAUGGAUCGAGGACGCCGUUGAGAGACAUUUCCGUGGACGACUACUUCCUACUGGUGGAAAGCUUGGAUACCGAAGUGGUUGCCUUUGCUCCCAUGCUGGCUUCUCAUCAUCCUCGGGUGAUUGCCGUCGGAGAAGGAAAUGGUGAUUUACUGCGAGUUACGCUGCUACUUUCCGAAGAGUGUCGACUACGGCGGAACAUUCCUGUAUCUAAGCAGGGCAUGAAGUCCUCGGUGGGACCACUGGUGAGCGCCCUUGCCUCGGUACAGGUGGACUUUAGCUCGUCGGACAUCGGCACCCGGCCGGACACAGUGCAGAACGACGGUAUAGCCGGCCGAGACCGCAAAUACCAAGGGCGCGAACUGAGUGGAUCAUUGAAUGAUAUUUUGAUAGGUGUCGCACUGAAGGAUGACAACAGCCAGGAACCGGCGGCGUUGCAACCCUCGCGGCAACACCGGGGAGGCAUUCCCGGUUAUGUCAGUGGGAAGAGUAUGGUGUAUGCGGACGCGACUUCGCUGGAGAUCGGAAUGUACGUACUGCUGGCGGCGUUCUGUUUGGCGAUCGGGGUGUUCGUGAUAUCCUGUGUGGUGUACGCUUCCAAAUUCCGACCGGUUACGAUCGAUGUCACAGGGGAGGCCAGCGUGCGGGAUGGCAUGGGAAACGCUUCGGUACUGGGUGGUGGUAAGAGUACGGAGUCUACGACGAAUGCGCACGAUUGGGUGUGGUUGGGUCGCGCCACCAUGGAUCGCUCGACCAAUGGACAUGACAUGAGUGGAAAUCCUAGAGAUUCACGAAUGCAUAUUAUCAACAAUCCAAUGAGUUCAAAGUACGGAGAUGCCGAAGAAAGCAUCGUCCAGGUCAACAGUUUCGACAACCCGAAUCAUAUCCAGCUGCCAUCCAGUGCUGGCGGAGAAGGACAAAUCGGUGUCGUGAACUCCUGUACCUACAACAAGCGGGAUCGCAGAAGUCGAUUAGUAAAUGAAGACGAAAAGGCUCCUCCGCUUCCACCGCAUGGAAUUCCCAUUAUCGACGGAGUCGACUAUCGUCCACCAGUUCCUCCACACAGGAAUAUGGGAGUAACUGCCAACGUACCAAACAGGUCUCAAGAACCGAUCAUCCAAAUGCGCAACCCGAGGCCCAGACUACAUCCCCGUUUCAUACGCAACAGCAGCUGUUCAACCACAAACCCGGCGUUCGAAAUUCAGCUCCACGGCAAUCAACCGCCACGCAACCUGAACUUCACCCAGCAGCAGAUCAACGCAGCGCUGUUCAACAACAGUAUUCCUCAGUAUUCAGUGCAACCGAUCGUUCGGCAGUCCACCAAGUCACCGCAUUCGUUCGAAAACAUGGGAUUCUCCGUAGUUCCCCAGCAGCAGCAGCACCACCCCCACUCUAUCCACCAUCAACCAUCGGCGAUGGUGGCGCCAUCCACCAGCAGAAACGCCCCGGACGAUCUGCACAUGGCCGAGCGCUUGGUGCAACAGUGCGCCCAAAAGUCGGCCUUCAAGUUCGACACCAUCAACAAUCAGUCCAGUAGUGGCCGGAGUAAGGCGACGGUAGUCGCCAUCGGCAGCGGAAAUCCCGUGGCCGGCAGUAGUAUUAAAGAGCACGUCACACCAUCCACCAUCACGGUGGAAACGACGGCGGAGAUCGCUCCGAUUCCGGUGAGCGAGAAGCGACACUCCCGAGGGGAAGAGUGUAGUGGCGGUGCCGGCGUCAAAACGCUAGAGUCCAGCUCGGACGAUAACGGAGGCUUUGUGACGCCUCCGGAUGAGCAGCAGCAGCACCAGCUAUCGAAUAACAAUCAGCAGUCCAAGAUACCAAAGCCUCCGGCGCCGUCGAAGCACAACAAGCCGACGGUCGUGGGUAAUCCGAUGUUUGCGAACACACCGGACAGUGAACUGGGGCCGGGAGAGAGCCUCGGUUUGGACGAUCUGGAUAUGGACUACGAACAGAUCAUGCACUAUUUCGAUAACUUGAAGGAAUCGAACGCCUGAGUGCAGGAGAUCAUUGCAAAGAUUCGCGACAUUCUAUCUACGUUUCAGCAGCAGUACCGGAACGUGGCGAUCUCGCCCGCCGGCAGUCCGACGUGCAUCCCCGGCAUCAACGAUCCGAACUUUGAGCAUUUUUUCGAACACCUGAGUGAGUCGUACGCCUAAAGUCAUCGUCAUCGCCGCCGCGGGCCGCCACCGUCGUCAUGCUUCGUUAUCGUUCUACCUCCUCCGUUAGUUAAUUUCGUUAACCUAUGUGGGAGCCACGUGGUUCUGUAUUAUAAAAUGAUCUCAUAACUUUUCCUGUUUACUUUUACUAUUACAAACCGGAGCCGGCAGUUAUGGUCGGUGUUUCGGGAAUGUUUUGAAACAAGCGUCUUUGCAGUGAUCGCAGAAUAUCGGAAAAACCCUAUUUGAAUAAAGGAGAAGAAGCAAAAAUGUAACAAACAAAGCGUCUAGUUGAGAUUUGUAGGUUUAGGGGAAAAAACAAGAAGAAUAAUCGUACUUCCAUUCAUCAAAUGAGAAUUACAACCAUGUAUGUGUAUAGGCGGAAGGUAGAAGCGAGUAUGUGAGUGAACACAAUAACUGAAGACACAAGAAAUACUCACUCGUAUGAUCGUGUUUGGUGGCGUAAUUGUAAGACAAAAUUCACUGAAACUUAAGAAUGCAAAAGAAUAACUUUGGCUUAAUCGUAAAUUGUAAAGUUGAAGCUGAAAGCGCGGAUUUUUCACCCAAAAUUUAGCGUGAACUGUUUUUUGAUAAUGAACCAAAAUGAACCACAUUCACACGUUAUCACACACUUUAACUACUCGUAUCGGUUGAAGCUUUCAAUACAAAACGCGUACAAAGUACACACUCACACAGAAUCAUCCACCCAUAAACGCAGCCUACUAUCAACCAGCCAGCUUUGGAUGUUCCCAGCAGUAGGACAGGCAACGCUGCCGCUAGAGUGACAGCUCUGUCAUCCGUUCAUCGUUGCGAGAGUAUGGCUUAGAAGUCUACCCGCGGAUCAGUCGGACACUGAAUGUAGGAGAAAGUCUGCAAUGUAUUAUAAUUUAUUUAUAACUGAAACUGUAAAUCAAAUUAACAUUCUAGUCAUUGGUUUAAACAAAUUAAGGAGCGAAAGUAAGCAGUAAACAAAUGAUAAUUAAGAGCCGAAAAGCUGGUACAUAUAAAACUAUUUAAAGGAAAAUUCAGCUGUCGGCGAACUAAGUUGAGUACGGUGUACAGAAUGUAAACUCACAUACCUUAUCUAUGUAUUAUGAUUAAAGCUUUAAAGGAUCACAAACGAGGCGGUUUAUAUCCAUGUAUUCAACUAAUUCCUGUGGCAAGUUCUGCAUCCAUUGGCAACACUGUUUUUCUGAGAGUUUGUUAACGCAUUGAAAUUAUUACAAAAAAAUGAGGGAAUCUGCUUGGUGUUACAUUAAAACGUGAAAAAGCAUGAAAAAAAAAACGAUCCAUAUCACAUCAGAUUGAUAAAAGAUAUUAUUACAUAAUACUUACGCGGUUUGUGUAAAUAGUGUUCCCAGUGCAUCAUGGGUGGGCGUGAUCAUAUGAUUUCCCUAAAAAGAAUUAAAUCGCUGUGUCAUCAUUUUGUUCAUUUCGAAAAGAGAGAUUUCGAUCCUAAGCUAAGCAACCAUCUGCCAUAUUAGACCAGUAAUCUUCGAACGCAAGCACCCUCACUCACUCACUCACCCAACACCCAACACACGGAAAAUGAUACCAAAAAUUAGCUUGUUAAGGACUCGUUAGGCUUAGGUCAGGAAGAUGGAGAAGAAGCAGAAAAUAAAACAGGAUCGUUCAGGCUGCUGAGGAAAAAUACCACUACACAACUUGGUGUUCAUCGUGUGACACACAUUGUUAGCCGCAGAAUAAGAAAAAAAAACACAUACAAAAUGUCGACGCAAGGAAAAGUAUAAUAUAGUUGUAAAAAAACAUAUGUACCUUUUGAUGUUCGGGAAGGGUUGACUUCCUUCGUGUAUGUACAAAAUUUCCGUUUUUUUUUAGGUUCAGAGUUAUGGGGUUUCGUUCACUCUUUUUUGUUUUGUUUUGUAUUAUCAAUUCUCAAGAUGCAAGGAUGCAAAUAUCAUACCCAAAGCUCUAUGGAAAGCAAGGCGUCAUUGAAGAUUUUAGUGAUUUUGGACGAGUACUGAGUUCCUAUGUUUUCAACUGAGUUGAGCUUAUGAUUGUGGUACACGUUUGCGGUAAUAACAUUAUGGGAUUUAUUAAACCGAGACAUCUGCUGGCAGAAUGUCGUACUUAUAGUAUAUGCAUCGGAUAGCUUCCAACUGGAUCAGCAACUAUGAUAAAGAAAUCAACCUUCCAAAAAAUCAGCGUUUCGAGAUAUUUGAGUUCGAAAUAUUCCAGACUAGCGUCGCCUAGUGGAGGAAUGCGAACAUAUUAGGCAUCUCUAAUAACAAGAGACUCGCAAAAACAUUCGGAAAAAUUGGAUAUAAUAAAAGAAACGUUAUUCUAUGGUAUCACAAACUUCCCAAAUGGAGAAGAACGAGCCUCUGGAACCGACCUACUGAUGGUGGCUCCAAAGAGGAGUUCAAGCCCACCUUUUGAGGUAUUUACGUUUGAAAUAUGCGACAUUCAGUGGUAUCUCCUUGUGGCAGAAAGUCGUACUAAUCUGACAUGAAUAACCCUUUCGAAGGGCCUUGUCCCUUGUUAUUUGUUGAAGAAAUCAACCUUCAAAAUAAUCAAUUCUUCGAAAUAUUUAUGUGCGAAAUAUUUGAGAAUAGCGCCGCCUAGCGGCGGUAAGGCUGACUGACCAGACAUGCAUCCGAUAACACGAAACUCCUUAAAACAUUUGAAAAAAAAAAUAGGAAAUGCACAAAACUUUGUUCUAUGGUGGCUCCAAAAGAGGAGUUCAAUAUCAUCUUUUAAGAUAUUUUCGUUCGAAAUAUGCGACAGUCAGUAACCCCUCGAAUUAUUUUCAGAAGUUCUUAAGGGGUUAUUGUUUUAGAAGUUCAUUUGGAAAUAUUUUCAAUCAAUUUUAUUGUUGUUCUUAUGGAUAUUCCUCUGAGAAUUGUUAAAAACCUUUUUACUGGAAUUCUUUUAUGAUUCCCUCGGAAAAUUCUUCCAAAAGCUCUUUCAAGAAUUCUUCCGUAUACUCCUGCUGAAAUUUAUCCAGAUUCUUAGGUGGUCGUCCAAAAACUAAUCUAGGAAUUUAUCCAGAUGUUACUCAAGGAGUUCUAGGAAUUUUAUAAUAUUUUUUUAGGAAUUCUUUCAGGAAUUCCUUCAGAACAUACAAGUUUUUUCCAAGAAUACCAUAAGAAAUUUCUUUUAAAAUUCGUCGUAGAAUAGGUACAUACCUUCAAGAGUACAUCUAAAGAUAUAUUUUUUAAUUUCCGAAGAAUUUUCUCCAAGAGCCCCUCCAUGGAUUUCUUCGGAAAUUCCUCGAAUAUUCCUUCAAAGAUUCCUUCAGGUAUUUCUCAAAAGAAUCCUUCAGAUAUUUUUCCAAGGCUUAUCUAGAAGAUCCUCUCAAAAGAUUUCUCUAAGAGCUCCUUCAAGGAUUGCACAAGGAUACUUCGGGAAAUCAUCAAAGUUUUUUUUUCAGAAACUUUUGAAAGGAAUUCUUCCAAAGAUUUUUUCAAGAUUUCCUUCUUGGAUUGAUAAGGUUUCUUUUUGUAAUUUGUUGAAGAAUUUCCUUUAAAAGUUUCUUCGUGGAUUCGUUUCUUCGGAAGGAAUUCAGGAAUUUAUCUAAAAAUCAUUCAGGAGUUCUUCCAAGGAUUCUCAAGAAAUAUAUCCAAAAGAUUUCUCAAGGAAACCAUCGAGACAUUCCUCAAGAAAUCAUUCCAUGAAUUUCUACAGUAUGUCAAAAGAAGUUCAUCCUAGGUUAAUUGCUAAGAUUUCUUAGAAUAUCUUACAUUUUUUUACAAUUUCUCCAAGGAUUGUUUCAGUAAUUCCUUCAUGGAUUUUUUCAGGAACAUCGUUUUUGUAUUGAUAAAUUUAAGAAUUUUCUUUAAAGCUUCGUCACGGAUUCCUUCGCAACUGCCUCCUAGGAUUCCUUCUGGAAUUUUUCAAAAAAAAAAAAAAAUCUGCAGUAAUUCAGCCAAUGAUUCUCUAGCAGAUCCUCUAAAAAUUCCUCAAGGAGAUUUGCAAAGAAUUCCUAACGAAGCCCCUCCAAGAAUAUCGCCAUGGAUUUCUUCAAGAUUGUUCGAGUAAUUUUUGAAAAGGAUUCCUUUGAAAAUUCCUCUUAGAAUUCCUCCAGCAUUUCCCCAAAAGAAUUCUUUUGGAAAAUUCCAUCAUGGAUUUUCCCAGAGGCUUGAAGAAUAUUCCAAAGAAUUUUUCGAAAAUUCAUUCGGAAAUUCCCCGAAGAACUCGCUAGAAAUACCUCUAAAGAUUUUCCGAGAAAUCCUACCUGGAUUCCUCCAGCAAAACAUCUGAGGAUUUAAUUUGAUAUUUGUCGAAUAAUUUCUUCCAAAAGAUCCUCCUUGGAUCCCUUCAGAAAUAUUUCUAAGAUUUUCUUCAGCCAUUUGUCCAAGAAUUCCGAAGGUUUUUUCAGGAUUACUUGCAAAGCUUUUUAAGAAAUUCUUUGAAGAAUUUCUCCAAAAAUUCCUCCAAGGAUUUCUUUAGGAACUUAUCCAAGAACUCCUUACGGAAUUCCUUCAUGGAUUUUGGAUUUUUUUUGAAAUGAAGAUUUUCCAGAAAUUUUUCCAAAUGUGCCUUCAGAAAAUUUUUCAACAAUUUUUCAAGGAUUCUCUCAAAGAUUCCUUCAAGAAUACCUCAAAGGAUUUGUCCAUGAAUUCCAAAGAUUCCAAAUUCCUCUAAGGACUUCCUUAAGAACAUAUCCAAGAACUCCGUUCGGAAUUCCUUCACGGAUUUUAGAAUUUCCUCUUAAAUGAAGAUUUUUUCUCAAAAAUUUCUCCAAAGGUCUCUUUAGGAAGUACUUCAAGAAUUUUUCAAGAAUUUUCUCAUUGAUUCCUUGAGGAAUACCUUUAAGGAUUUCUUUUGCAAUUCGUCGAAGAAUUUCCUCCAAAGUUUCUCCAUGCAUUCCUUCAGAAAUACCCGCAAAGAUUCUUCCACGAUUUUUUUCCAAGGAUUCUCUAGGAGAUCAUCUAAAGUUUCCUCCAGGAGUUCUUCUAAGCAUUCAUUUGUGAAUUAUUUCAAGAAUUCUUCUAGAAGUUCAUGUAAAAAAUCCUCAAGAAAUCCUCCAAGAAUGUUUCAGAAUUCCUUCACGAUUAUCUUCAAGAAUUCUUCAGAAAUUCCUCGAAGAAUUCCUUCAGAAAUGCCGUAAAGAAUUCCUUUAGAAAUGGCUCCAAGAAUAUUUUCAGAAACUUAUUCAAGCACACCUUUAGGAAUUCCUCGAAGAAUUCUGAAACUAGAACUCUAAAAUGACGACUUUGAAUUUCUCGGAUCUUCUACAGAUUCCCCAAAGAAAUACUUUUUCCGGAAUUCUUUCAGGAUUGUCUUCAAGGAUGCCUUGAAGAGUUUCUUCGGAAAUUUCUCCAAAUUUUCUUCAGAAACUUAUAUAAUGAUUCCUUUAGGAAUUGCUCCGAGGGUUUUAGAAUUUUCUUUAUUUUUUUGCCUUUCUCGUACACUAAGUGUACUGGAAAGGCUAUAUGUUCACUCCAAAAAUGACUUUUUGAUAGGAGGCCCGGAGAUUCGAGUCACAUAUACCAAUCAACUCAGCUCGACGAACUGAGGUGAUGUCUGUGUGUGUGUAUGUGUGUGUGUAUGUGUGUGUGUAUGUGUACAAACGAACUCACGUCACUUUUCGGCAGUAAAUCUCAACCGAUAUUAAUGACCGACGGUUCAUUCGACGCAGAAUCUGGUCCCAUUGUUUGGUAUUGAAAAUGGUUCGGAUCGGUCCAGCCGUUCCGGAAUUAUGGCCAUUUAGGCGUUCCGGAUCGGUACCCCAGAUAGGGGCUAGAUAUGAAAAUGCAACAAACCCACGCAUGCGACACAUCAAACCACGGCAUUUUCGAUAAUAUGGUGAACGGUAAGCAAGAAAAUAGUCUCAGACCAUAUCUGAACCGGUAAUGCUCCGGAACCGGUUCCGAAGGUCCCACCCGUGGUCCCACCAGAAGUGGCCAAAUAUAAAAGUGAACCAAACCCAUACAUGCGACUCAUCAAAUCGCAGCUUUUUCGAUAACCUGAUGAACGGUUAACAUGAAAAUAGUCUCAGAUCAUAUCUGAACCGGUAGUGUUCCUGAACCGGUUCCGGGCGUCCCGCCGGAAGUGGACAAAUAUAAAAAUGAAACAAACCCAUGCAAGCGACACGUCAAAUCGCGCCUUUUGCGAUAACCUGAUGAACGGUUAGCAAGAAAAUGGUCUCAGAUCAUAUAAGAAACUACCGGUGCUCCAAAACCGGUUCCGGAGGUCCCGCCGGAAGUGGCCAAAUAUAACAGUGAAGCAAACCCAGGCACGCGACACAUCAAGUCGCGGCUUUUUCAAUAACUUGAUGAAUGAUUAGUAAAAAAUAGUUUUAGACCAUAUUUGAGACAACCGGUGGUGUUCCGGAACCGGUUCCGUGUUCCCUCCGGAAGAGACCAAAUAUUAUUUUUUUUUGUCUUUAUGAACGAGAUUUUUAACUCGAAGCUAGUUCAUCUCGGGACCCUUCCCUUCCGAAGGAAGAACCUACAUAUUGUGAAUAUGUCGGCAGUGGGAUUCGAUCCCAGGCCCUUGGCAUGAUAGUCUUGUGUUCUAACCAUCAAACCAGGCCCGCUCCACCGCCAAAUAUUUAAGUGAACCAAACACAUGCACGCAACACAUUAAAUCGCGGCUCCUUAGGUAACCUGAUGAACGGUUAGCAAGCAAAUAGUCUCAGACCACAUAAGAAACUACCGGUAGUAUUCCAAAACUAGCGUUGGGUGCUUCGUCGGAAUUCAAAAGUGAGAAAAAUUAAAGCAAGCGAUAGAUAUCUUGACAAAACUAAGACGAUCUCAUCCAAUCACACCAUUUCAGAUUCCUGAGAUGUAAUAAUGCAGAAGGAUGGGUCAACGUUGUAUGGGAAAAUUUAAAAUUAAUCGUAAUAACUCCGAACAAACUUUUUCAAUUCUCUUUCGCGUCUAAAAUGACUGCAUAAAAUUUUUGUGCGACUGGUUGCUCCCUCACGCACUGUAAUGUGGUUGAAAGUUGAAUGGGAAUCAGUAUGAAAAAUUUCAGUUACUUGCAUGUUUUUGUCAAAUUUUACAUGCAUGAUAAUAAAAUGUAGCGUGUGUAGAAGUGUGUAGAAAAUUAUUUGUCGAAAAUCGUUAAGGUAUCUGUGUUGUGAAAAAGUUGUAUCGUCUUGAUGUUGAUCGGCCUCUAGUGAUAGUGAAGGAGGUCAAGCUGUCAACUGAGAGGUCUGAUAUUUUUCAGCUCUGCCUAUACGUUGAACAUAACGUCGGAAUAUGUGCCAUCAAUAAGUUUAAAGUCAAUUCAAUGAUGCAAUGAUGGCUCUGAUAAAAUUCUAAGUAAAGUAUUCUCAUGAUUCUGGAACAUUUCAGCUCACGUCAACGGAAACGUCAUGAGUACAUAUUCGACGAGAAAGGCACUAUCACCACUAGGUGGAUCAAUCCGGGUUUUUUUGUUUAUAGAGACUUUACCCUGAAGGGGCAUUCGUCUCUAAUUUCUUUAAAAUUAUGAUGUUUUUUCCAUAAAUUCCUUCAAAGAUUCUUUCAGGAACUCCUCCAAGGAUUCCUUCAGAAAUCACUCUUAGGAUUUCUCCAGGAUAUCGACAGAGCUCGUAUGAGAUAUUUUCAAUCGAAAUUUCAGAAAUUCUUCUAAAAACUAUUUAAAGAAUACUUCCUAGAAUUACAUUAGGGUAUUCUUAUAAAACUAUUUACCGAAAUUUUUCAAGGAUUUUUUUCCAAAAAUAUCCCAAAGUUUCACCCCCAAGAAAUAACAAGAAUUUUUCUAGAAAUAUUUAUCUUCAAGGAUUUCUUCAGAAAUUCCACAAAGAUUUCUUCCAGAAAUUCCUGAAGAAUUAUUUGUGAAAUCCAUCAAAAGUAUUUUUACAGGAAUUUCUCCAAAUAUUCCUUCAAUAAUACUUUUGAGAUUUUUGUCUCAAAAUUUGUAGAAGAAUUCCUUCAAAUGCUCCUCUAUGGAUUACUUCAAUGAUUCCUUCAGGAUAUUCUCUUAGGAUUUUGUCAAGACUUUUUUCAAGGAUUCUCUAGAAGAUCCUCCAAAGAUUUUCCUAGGAAUUUUUCAAGGAUGUCUCGGGGAUUUUUCCCUUGAGAAUCCCCUUCAGGAAUGUCCUAAGGGUUUCUUUUGAAAUUCGUCGAAGAAAUUGCUCCAAAAUUUCGUUCAUGGAAAACUUCAGGAAUACCUCGAAGGAUUUCUUCUGGAGUAUUUCUUCAAGAAUUUCUCUUUCGGAAAUUCUCAUAACUUUUAGAAGUUGUCCUAAAGAUUCCCAAAUGAAUAUCUCCAAGGAUUUUUUCAGAACUCCAUUAGGAUUAUCUUAAAGAAUUUCUUAACGAAAUCCUUCAGAAAUAACUCCUAGAAUUUGUUUAGCAAUUUACCCAAGAUUCCUUUGAGAAUUCCUGUCGAGAAAUUCCUCAAAAACGAUUAAAAAAAAUUCUACAAAUUCUUUUAGGAAUUCCUUCAAGGAUCGUUUCAGGAACUCUUAAGUAUUCUUUUAGAAAUCCUUACGAAUAUUUCUCUAGAAAUAACUCAGAUCCUCUCUAUUGAUUUCUAUAGAAAAUGCCACAUGUAACUUUUUUUUUUAUUCCAGAAAUUCUUUCAGGAAUUCCUCCAGGCUAUAACCUAGGAAUUUCCCCUUGUAUUGCUCCAAUAUAUAAGGAUUUUCUCGGAAAGCUCUUUAAGGGAAUCGAUUAGAAGUUUUUUCUGGGCAUACAAUUCCUUCAAGGUUUUUUUAGAAGUUUUACUGAAGAUUUUGCCAAAAAUGUCUACAGCCAUUCGACCCAGGAUUUUUUCAGGAGCUUCUGCAUGAACCCCUCCAGAAAUUCACUCUAAGACCCAUUUCAACAAUUUUUGGUGCUCAGACAAUUGCUGUUUCUAGGAAUUCUCAACCAUUUUAUAAUGGAUUCUUCCAAAAAUUAUCCAUUAGGAUUUCACGGUGGAAUAUUUCUCGAGCAACGUAUUUCUCGCAUGAAGAGAAAUUUGCGUAGAGGUAUUCCUGGAACAGCCCUUGUAAGGAUGUGCUGAUAAACCAAUGACGAAAUUUGUAUAGAAAGACCUUGAAGAAGUCAAAGUCGUCGAAGAAAUUCCUAUUCUGGAACAAUCUCUGAAGAAUGUCUUGGAGUAACCCUUUGAGGAAUUUCUGGAGUGAAUUGUAGAGGAUGUAAAUAAAUUCCUGUAAGAGUCCUUGAAGAGUUUCCUAGAGUAAAUUUCUACAGAGACUUUGGAAGUAUUUAUGCAGAAACUAUAAAAAAAAGCAAUAGGAAAAUCCACAGAGAAACUGUUACGAGCACUCUCGGAGAAUUCCAUGGAUUUUUUUUCGGAUUUUUGGAAUACUUGAAAGAUUUUAUGAAGAACUCCUUGAUGGAAUUUAUUCUGAAAUUUUUGGAGAAAUGCCUAGAGGAAUCUCUGGAGGUUUGAGGGAUCCGCAGAUAAACUCUCGAAGUAAUUUAUUGGGGAAUAUUUAGAAGAUUUGCUAGAAUGAUCCUUUGAGGAAUUCCUGAUGGAAUUUUUGGGAAAACUUCUUGAAAAAAAUUUUAGUGGUAUAUUUGUCCGCAUUUAUAAAAGAAAACUUGCAGUAAGUAGUAGAGAAACAUUCCUGAAAACAAAUCGUGGACUAACUUCAGACUGGGACUUGGAGAGCUUUUGGGACAGCUCCUGGAAGAAUUCCUAAGAAAACGCUGCAAUUUCUUGAUGACUUCCCGGAAAUGCACCGGGAAAUUCUGAAAGAAAUAUGUGGGAGUAAUUCGACAAGAGAGAUCUUUUGGAAGAAUUCCUAGAACAACGCUUUGAAUUAUUCCAGUUAAAAUUCAAGAAGAAUCUUCACAGCAAUUUUUGGAGGAACAUGUGCAAAACAGUAGAAAACUUUACAAAAUCGAGUAGAGCAACUUCUUGCAGAACUUCCGGAUGAACUACUGAAAUUUUAACUGUCAAUAACCGCCUGUGUCACAAUUAUGUCGUCUGAAAUUAGCAUAGCAUUGCUUAGUGUGGCAGGAAGCAAAAAUGAUGAUGAUAGGAUACACGGGGAGAAGUUUUAUACUAUGGUGGCUCCAAAUUUCGUCGAAAAUUUCAAACUUAAAUACUCCUCUUAAGUUUGAAAUUUUCGACGUACUGUGUUAUCGCUAAAAACCCCUAUACGCACAGCUGCAAAGGCCUUUUCGUAAAAGAAAUUUCCUUCUCUUUCUUGGGCAGAGAGUAUUUACUAUCUUCUUGCCGGAGUUCCUGUCCUGGGGUCAUCUGUGGAAGUAUUAUUGGAUGAAGCCUUUGAGGAAAUCGUAGUGGGAAUACAAGGGUAGUUUCUGCUGCUAUUUGAGAAAAAUCCUGGAGGAUAUUUCCAAAAGAACCUUUGGAGAAUCUACAAGAAAAAAUGCCGUGAAGUUCCGCUGAGAAAUUGAUAUGAGCAUUUCCGCAGAAUUUCUUGUAAACAAUCUUGGAAAAGUGCUUGACAGAACUUAUGCAGGACUCUUGGAAGAUUUUUUUUUCUAAAAUUGAAGAAAUGCCUAAAGGAAUCAUUGUAGACUGGAUAAAUCUAGAGAAUUUGUUGGAAGUCUCCUUGGAGGAAUUCCUGAUGCAAUUUGUGGAAUGCUUUUUGAUGAAAACAUAGGCAAAAUUUAAAGUUAUUUCUAAAAAAUACGUUUAGAGUAAGUCCUUGAGAGGGAUCACCUGGAAAACUGGAUGAACUUUAGCCAUAACACCAGCUAAAAUUACUGGGAAAGUUUCUGUGGAAACUGUUGGAAGAAUUCCUGGGAAGAUCUGCAACUUUCUGUAGAAUUCCCGGAGGAACACUCAGUGAUUCGGGAAAAAACUCUGGAAGAGAUUUGAAUAGAAAGAUCUUUCGGAAGGAUUCCUGGAAUAACACUGUGGGGAAUUUGGGGCGAACACUCGAAGAAAAUUCUGGAGGGGCUUUCUGUGGAAAAUAUAGUCGUAUUUUUUGUUAACAGUUGAAACAAUUUGCACGCAGAAACAACUGAACUUGUUUUAUCCUGAGGGAAAAAUAAUCAUCGAACACAUUUCGAAUGACAUUGAUUUUAAAAUCCCUAGGGGCUGUCACACAAGCUACAUUGAAGCAGCAAUUUCGUGCAUAUUUAUCAUGUUAUCAUGCUGUAGAAUAUCAAGUUCAAGACGGUGACAUAGGAGGAGUCAAAAAUUUAUGGUAACAUCACGUUCCAGUAACAUGAUAUUGACCUUGUAUCACCUAAACCGCUCAUACCGUGUUACAAUGGUGUAGUCUAAAACAUGUUAAAGCAGCAGGAAGCCGAACUGAAGAGGAAGACAUUCGAUAUUGAACCGCCUUGGGGAAAAAUUGAAUGUAUUGGAAUUAAUGUGGUACUAUGGUGGCUCCAAAGAGGAGUAUGUAAGUUCGAUAUUUUUGAAGUUCAGUGUCAUCGCCCAACGGCAGAAAAUUGUACUCAUCUGACAUGCCAAGGAUUACUUUCGAUGCAAUGAAUAAUCCUCUCGAUAGCUCAGGUCCUCUGACUCAUCAGAAUUCUGAGACAUCCGAAAUAUUGGAAGAAUUUUGUUUUUACCAUGGUGGCUCUAGAAGAGGAACAUAUCAGUUGGUUUAUUUUUUGUCAUUCGAUAGCCUCGCCGAGCGACCGAAAGUCGUGCUUAACUGAUAUUCCUAGAACAGCUUUCGAUCGUACGAAAAUGCCAUUUAGAGGAAUUAGCCAUCUGACUGAUCAGCGUUUUGAGGUAUUUGAGAUAAUUGAUGCUUAUUGGAGCCGCAUAGGGGCAAAAACUGUGUACCACAAUCAGAUAGAUCACCGUCUCAGUUGUUCAACGCUUCGGGAUUGAGCUCGUCCAAUUUGCUAUAGUAACAGAUCCCAGAGAGUAUCCAUAGUUUAGCUUCAGGGAAAGUCUUCUUCGAUUCGGUUGAUUCAUUGAAUAAAAUUCUUUCAAAGAUGAUUAUUUUGAAAAAAAAAACCUUUUUUUUUAGUUUUAUUCAGCAUCAUCGUUUUAAAUCACUUUGAAAAAAAAAUGGAACCAUACGUAAACAGCUUCGCUGAGACAAAUCAUUCAAGCAUAAUAGCUAUUGAGCAACAAACUAUCGAUAAAUCUAUAAUCCACUAUUGCCUGUCGCCGCUGCUGUUUUUUGUCAUCGCUUUCUUCCCCCUUCGUAUUGUAUCUAAAUUUUCUCCUCUAUCUAAAUCCAAACGUAAAGCUAAUAUUCCUCACGCCUGCGUAUUCCAAUUGACGAGAGGAAUUCAACAUUUUACGAGAUUUGAUGGCCAUCACGUUGAGUUCCCAAUCUGAGCUGUCACUGGAGUCGUUUGACAGUUGAACGAAAAAUCGAUCGACUGGGAAAAUGACAGCAGUCAAACGUCAGUUCGUUUGAUCCCUGUCGAAAACUGAGCUUGGUUGUGGCAGCCAUUAGCGCUCGUACAUAGUUGGAUGAGAUUGAAAAUAUGUCGAUGAUUCUACGAGUGCCAAUGUACGCUGCAAUCUUGUUCAGUUUCUUGUAGGGAAUGAUCGAUCUGCCUUCUGGAAUGUCUCGUUUGACAUUCGAUCAUCUAUAUUUUCGAUCAACCGUCAAACGACACUUGCCAGACGUCAGAUUGUUAGAUCCCUGCCAGAAAGCAACUAUCAUCGUGAUGGCUUCUCUCGUAAAAUUUGAAUUUCUUCACGUUGCACUCUUCCAGUAUAGCAAAAACAAACACAACAACCAAAACAAACGACCAGAUAAAUGUAUAUUGUUUAUAAAUGAGCUUGAUUAUACACGUAACCCGCUGAUAAAAAAAAUACCAAAUUAACGAACAAGUAAUACAACAAAUCGACAAAAAUGAGGUAAACCAUCAGUUUAUAGACAAAUUAAAGCAAAUAAUAUAAACAAAAAAUAAAAAUGCAAAUAUUUUGUAUUUGAUAUAAACGUUGCGAAGAUAAGAUUUCUAGAAAUAUUUAUACACAAUCACAGAGAGCGCCGGAAAGAAUUCACUAAUCCAAGCAUCCGCCACGCGCCGGCCAUAGAAUCGCGUCUAGAUUGACAGUCAAAACAGACAGUUUGACAGCGCGCAUGAAUGUUUACUCACUCACACAAACACACGCACCAGCAGUGUUUUAGAAUAGACCUGAAAGAGCAGGGGAGGCGCGUGUCUCACACCACAGUAGGCUAGCAACUCGUUUCGCGAAUGGUCGCGGAAACAUUAGUCGAAUUACAACAAUACCAAGUCCGCUGCGAAGUCGAUGAGUGAAUCAGAAUACAAACAACCGUUACAUUAUGCAUACACUUAAUGAAACCUCUACAUAUAUAAAGAAUCGCUGAAACAAAAAAAAACUGCUUGAGAUUAUGGAUAAAAUUCAUGGAACCGAAUCAAUACAAAACACAAUUAAAUAUAACACUCAGUCAAACAAAUGCAUAUAUUGCUGUUGUACGCGCUCAGGCGGCAAAACCCCGGUGUAAACUAUAUACAUGCGCAAAAUAAUCACUCACCCGACCGCUAAAUAGUUCACGUACUGGCCAUCUUCUCAGUUGUUAUCAAAUGUGUUCUUGCUUUGUAAAGAUUAUGAUGAUUUCCGAAGAAAUUUCAUUCAAUUUCGUUUUCUUUUUUCUUCACUUUUGUUUGACACAAAAACGAUAAAAUCUUAUCGUUUAGCUGUCACUUUUUGGUAGGGAUGAAACGGUCAAACACACCUGGCUUAUGCCAUUUGACAGUUGAUCGAUAAGAUCGAUCACUUUAUUGAUUAACUGUCAAACAACACAAACCAACUGUUGGAUUGCUUGACCUGCGUCGGAUUACAAGCUUGUUUCGUGUUAACAAAAACAUAAAUUUCAAACAAGUUUAUGAUUUCAAUUUAGUUUCGAACGUUACUUAAGAUCGAAGGUUAAGUUGCCAUGUACUUCCAUCAGCUGCCAUAACCUCACACAAACACAAUUAACAAUGCAAGAACAAGUAACAUAAACGAAAACGCUUCAAUAUCCUGAAAAAUGCUGCAAAUAAGCGAAAGUAUAUAAAAAAAACAAGAAACACAAUUGAAAGGAAUGGUAAGUGUAUCAUUUAAAAGAGCGUCAAAUCUGAGAUCCCGGUACACAAACCUCAGUUGUAAUUAUUCUCGAUUUCACCUCCCCCUUCCAAAUAUCCCGUUAGUGUGAUGGUUUAUCAUUUCUGUUGUUGACUAUUUAUAACAAACUGAUUUUUAUUCACUGUUCAACUGUUUUUGUUUGUUCCCCCUAAUCUUCCGAUUUCACCGAUUUCAACUCCGAUACUUCCAGAUUUCCAAACAAGUUGUGAAUACUCAUUGUAACCUGUUAAAACUUUUUCCGUUACUUUUCAUAUGUUCUUAACCGUCUUCUCCAGAGUGGUGGAUCCCUCUCAGAUCAGGAGGUAGAUGUUAAUUGUGAGAGUUUAAAUAGAUACAGUUACCACCGCAAAAAAAAAGAAUGGAACACAGUGUCGAAACAGAACAGAAAGUAAAAAAUACACAACACACAAAACAAACGGUAAUUCACCAUAUACCGAUGCGUUAGAACCAAGAGUCCCAGUGCUAGGAGGCAAGUAACAAAGUGUUAUCCACAGCCCAGUUUAGAAUGCAGGGCGCUUAACGCGCACUUUGGCGUAACGAUUGGCUACAUGUAAAAAAAAAAUCAACAAUGCAAAUAUCUAGAAAAAAAAAAAUCCAUGGAUAAUAAUGGAACACGAGCAGAAGAAAAAGCAAAACAUUCGUUGAUCAUUCAGCAACAGUGGGAAAAAAUACUAAAAAAAUGAAUAUUAAGGACAUCAAUGUUGAAAGGUACGUUAAUUGGGACAAAAGAAGAAAAAAACCCUGAAGUCGAACGAAACUGAGCGACAUGUGACAGUAUCGCCGCCUGCAUAAACAAUAUUAUGAUCAUUAUUAUUAUUUAAAUAAAUUAUUUAAAUGAUUAUAUAUGAAGUAUAAACAAAUAAACGGGAAAUUAUUUGUAACUGUAAAAAAAAUAAACAAGAAGUGCUUA